AUGACGCGCGUGUACCUCGACCAUAACGCCACGACGCCCAUCGAGCCUGCCGUGCUGCAAGCGCUGCUGCCGCACCUCGGCCCGCACUUCGGCAACGCCUCCUCUUCGUACGCUCUUGGCCAAACAGCGAAGAAGGCGGUGGCCGUAGCGCGCACCCAAGUGGCGUCCAUGCUGGGCGCCGUACCCCCCGCCGAAAUCGUGUUUACAUCCGGGGGUACUGAGUCUAUUAAUUACGCCAUCAAAGGGGCAGCACUGGCUGCCAAGCGCUUGAGCGGCCGUAAUCACAUUGUAACUUCUUGUGUGGAGCACAUUGCAGUGCUGGCGACGUGCAGAUGGCUACAGACUCAGGGAUUUCAAGUCACGUAUGUUCCAGUGGACCCCUUUGGCUGCGUCCACGUGCACAAUGUGCUGGCCGCGCUCACGCCUCAGACGUGUCUCGUGUCCGUUAUGCUCGCGAAUAACGAGGUGGGUACAUUGCAACCGGUGGCGGAGAUUGUCCAAGUUGUGCAGCAAUUUGAAGCCACCCAGGGGUCAAGUGGAGCCAUUGUCGUGCACACGGACGCGAGUCAAGCUAUUGGCAAAGUCCGGGUGAACGUGCAGGAGCUUGGCGUGGACUUGCUGACAGUAGCAGGGCACAAGGUGUACGCACCCAAGGGAGUGGGGGCGCUCUACGUGCGUGAAGGCACGAGGCUGGACACGUUGAUUCACGGCGCGUCGCAGGAGAGUGGACGACGCGGUGGCACGGAGAACGUGGCACUGGUAGCAGCGCUGGGACAGGCGUGCGCGCUUGUGGAAGAACAUCUUGUUGAGUACGCAGUUGUCAUGCAGGAGAGCAGAGCGUCUCUCCUCGAGCACAUCCAGAAGCACUGCAGUCUGACCAACGUCAGCUACCAGGUGAACGGCCACCCUGACUUGGUGCUGCCGAAUACGCUCAGCAUUAGCUUUGGAAACAUCAUCGCAUCGCAACUUCUGGACUUGAUUGAGGCCGAAGGCGUCUGUGCGAGUGCUGGGUCGGCGUGCCAUAGCCACAAGCGUUACGAUGACACCUCUGGAGAGGAAAAAAGCCUAGAGCAUCAAGAAGAAGACAGUACUAUUUCGCAUGUGCUGGCGGCCAUGAAUGUGGCUCCAGAGUUUGCCAAGGGGACGCUCCGUUUGUCCGUUGGUCGAUCGACGACACAGGAAGAGGUACUGCACGCUGCUAACGCGAUCCACAAGGCCAUCCAGCAACUCUUGUAG